AUGGCAGCAGACAGAGUGAAUGAUUGUGUCGUGGGUAACGAUACUGAAAGCCAGAAGGAAGAGAGGGCAAAGUGGGACAAUAAGUUACAGUAUAUCCUGAGCUGCACUGGAUUUGCAGUUGGUCUGGGAAAUGUGUGGAGAUUCCCAUACCUCUGUCAGACCUACGGAGGUGGAGCCUUUUUAAUUCCUUAUUUUAUUGCACUAACCAUUGAGGGAAUUCCACUGCUUCACCUUGAGUUAGCGAUCGGUCAGCGACUCCGGAGAGGUAGUAUUGAUGUCUGGAGAUCUAUUUCUCCCUAUCUGGGAGGUGUGGGCAUUGCCUCCAUGCUGACAUCCUUCCUGCAGGGGCUGUUCUAUAACACCCUCCUUGCAUGGACACUCUGGUACUUUUUUCAUUCAUUUGAGGAACCACUACCAUGGAAAAAUUGUCCCUUAAACAACAAUCAUACAGGGUUUAUUAAAGAGUGUGAACAGAGUACUUCAGUGGAUUACUUCUGGUACAGAGAGACAUUAAAUAUCAGUCCUGAUAUUAACAUGAAUGGAGGUGGCCUGCAGUGGUGGCUGGUUUUGUGCCUCAUUGCUGCUUGUUUGGUUGUGUAUACUUGCGUUAUAAGAGGGAUUGAAAGCUUUGGAAAGGCCAUUUACUUCACUGCAACUUUCCCUUACCUUGUACUACUCAUUCUCCUUGUACGAGGAUUAACGCUGCCUGGGGCUGUUGAUGGUUUAAUCUACCUAAUUACUCCAGAAUUGACUGCUUUGAGCCAACCAAGAGUGUGGUUAGAUGCAGUGACCCAAAUCUUUUUCUCAUUGUCUUUGGGUUUUGGAGGACUAAUUGCAUUCUCCAGCUAUAACUCACUGAAGAAUGACUGUGAGGUGGACGCUGUGAUGGUAGCUGUUAUUAACAGCUUUACUUCUAUCUUUGCUUCCAUCCCCACCUUCUCCAUACUUGGAUUUAAGGCAACUAUGGCUAAUUGGGAUUGCUUGAACGAGAAUAUAUUACUCAUAUCAAAUGAAUUUGAUAUUCAGGAUGGAAACAUUACAAAAGAAAAUUAUGUUAGUUGGGUAAAUGAUCUGAAUGCUACCCAUCCUGACAGAAUCUUGUUUCUGGGUUUGAAGAACUGUGAUCUUCGGAACUUUCUUGAUCAGGGUACCUCGGGCACUGGACUGGCAUUUAUUGCUUUCACUGAAGCCAUUGUCCGAAUGCCUUUCCCUCAGAUUUGGGCCAUCCUGCUCUUCAUCAUGCUCUUCACUCUGGGUCUGUCGUCAAUGUUUGGCAACGUAGAGGGCAUUCUUACUCCUUUGAUAGAUCUGAAGGUGUUUCCAAAGUGUGUUCCUAAAGAGAUGAUUACAGCCAUAAUAUGCCUGGUGUCCUUUCUGAUUGCACUUAUUUUCACAACAGCAUCUGGAAAUUACUGGCUGGCAAUUUUUGACAAAUAUGGAACUGCUUUGCCUCUUCUGAUGAUAGCUUUCUUUGAGCUCAUUGGAGUUGUUUAUGUAUAUGGUAUUAAUAACUUCUGUGAUGAUUUGGAAUUUAUGACUGGACGACGACCCAAUCUUUACUGGCAUGUGACCUGGAGGUUUAUUAGCCCUUUACUGUUGUUUACCAUCUUUGUGGUAUAUGCCGUUAUUGAAAUGCAGCAUCAAUUAUCCUAUGGGGCAUGGAACCCUGACUACGCAGAGUUCCCUGAAAAAGAGGAGAAGAAGUAUGCACACUGGGUAAUCUUCAUGUGUGUCUUCCUGGUCACAUUGCCGACAAUUUUUAUUCCACUUACUGCUUUGUAUCAGUUUAUCAGAUCUAAAUUUGGAGUUUGUCGAAUAGGAAGGAAUUCGACUGGCAAUCCAGCUUUUGAACUAUAAAGAAUUCCAUGUACUACAGAAACUUCAAUUUGCAUUUAUCUUUAGCCCUAUAUUGAAGUUGCUAUUUUGUCAAG